AUGCUCAUCAAAUUUUUUGCAUUAUUGAUAUAUCUCAAUUUUAUUCGCUCGCUCGGACUCAAACUUCACGGAAAAGUGCGAAAGAAUGGCGAAUUUUGCACAAACGCGGAUCCGAAUUUCACUCACGUCGUCACAAAUCGCUACGAAGACGUCAAAGGAUGUAAAAGAAUCAGUUUUAUGAUAAUUCAUUACGAUCAUUGGCCAGGCGACGCAUUGUUCAUUUUCGCCGAAAAUCUCAUCACAUUCACCAAUUCGUCAUUGGCGCUGGUGGCGCCAAAUGGCGACGUCGACACCACAAGGCCGUUGAUUUUCGCGAAUCUCGUCGAGGCGUACAACUCGAGUUUUCGCGUCAUCGGCCAAACGAAAAUGGUCCAAUUUCGAAUGCCCCAUUUUUUGCGGCGGAAAUUCGCCGAUUCCGUUUUGAUUUGCGCGCGAAAUUCGAAAUGGGACGAUAGGUCGCUGAAAUUGGCGUCGAAAUUAUGCAAAACGUCACACUGCGCCUGCGAUUCGGCAGUAACAUUUGAACAGCCGCCAAGCAUGUUCAAAGCAGUCAACGAUUGGUGGCCGCUUGAAACCACGACGACGCCAACGACGACACCAACGACGACGCCAACGACGUUGACGACGACACCAACGACGUCGACGACGACACCACCAACCAGUUCAUCAUCAAGCUCUAUUCCGUUCACCACUUCAACUGAAAUGGAAUCUACUUGGACGGAACCUACGACUACACCAACCACGACGACACCAACCACGACGACACCAACCACGACGAAACCAACCACGACGACGCCAACGACCACGCCAAUCGGGAGCACGACACCCGAGAAUGUCGAGGAGCUUGAAGACUAUGAGAUCGCGUGGAGUUCGGCGCCGCGCGCCUUCAAUUAUCUAAUCGCCAUUUGCAUUAUAAAAAUGUUGGAAAAUUAG